AUGGAGAGAACUUGCUUUGCUCUUUUGCAUGUAGUGUUGUUAGUGCAUUGUCUUUUGGCUUGUUUAGCUGGGAGUGUUACCAACAUUACUAGUGACCAAUCUUCUCUUCUUGCCUUGAAAGCCCACAUAACUCUCAACUCUCGUGGUGUCUUGGCUAAAAAUUGGUCCACAGCUACCUCUAUUUGUAACUGGAUUGGGGUCACUUGCGGCACUCGCCACCUACGAGUGACAUCCUUGAAUAUUUCUGACAUGGCUCUUGAAGGUACAAUUCCACCACACCUAGGUAACCUCUCGUUUCUCGUUUCCCUCGACCUUAGUACCAACAAUUUCAGUGGUCAUCUGCCCUACGAAUUAUCUCAUCUGCGUCGAUUGAAAUUCAUGAAUUUGGAAAUUAACAAAUUUAGUGGGCAGCUUUCAUCAUGGUUGGGUGUCUUUGCUGAACUGCAAGAGUUAAGGCUUGCUAACAAUAGUUUUACAGGUACUAUCCCACCUUCCCUCUCCAACAUAUCGAUGUUAGAACACUUGGAUUUAUCUUCUAAUUUUCUACAUGGAAUGAUUCCACAAGAGGUUGGUAAUCUUCAUCACCUGAAGAAUCUAAUCAUGGAAGAUAACCAAUUUGUAGGCUCUUUGCCACUAACCAUCUUCAAUAUCUCGUCACUGCAAGUGAUUGGUUUUUCGAAAAAUAGCUUAUCUGGUAAUCUUCCAAUGCAUAUGUGCCUUCGUCUUCCAAACCUCCAAUGGCUUACUCUAUCUUACAAUGAGUUGCAUGGCGAAAUUCCAUCAAGUUUAUAUGAGUGCUCAGAACUUCAAAUUUUGUCACUAUCAUUUAACAAAUUCAAUGGACCCAUUCGUAGAGGGAUUUGGAAUUCAACUGUGCUCAGGGAGUUAUAUCUUAGCAAUAACAACUUGGAAGGUGAAAUUCCGGAAGACAUGGGUAACCUUCGUAAUUUGGAGUUAUUAUCGAUACAGUACGCCCACCUCAUUGGUCGCAUUCCAUCAUCCAUAUUUAACAUUACUUCUUUGAAAUGGAUUUCAUUUUUUGUGAACAACUUGACUGCCCUGGACCACCAGGUGUCCAAUGCCCUGGGAAGGGGGCUGAAAGGGCAAAUAUGUCCACAGUUAUGGGCAUUGAAAGAUGCCCAAGAGAUGGGUCAAGCCACUAACAAUAGGCCCAAGAAAUGUAAACCUAGCCCAGGCGAACUUACCUCUCGACGUAGGUCAAGCCAACCCACCAAGUAG